GCGGCGGCGCGCGGCCGAGUAGGGACGCGGCUCGGACUGCGUGUGAGGGGAGCGGGCUUGUGGGCGCGCGAGGCAGCCAGCGGCGACAUGCGGGUGGACGGGCGGCGGCCCUAGCGGCCUGAGCCCCGAGGGCGGGGCGGUGCGGCGCGGGCGCCCCUUCCCCGCUCCCGCCCGCCGGGUCCUGGCGAGCUCGCUACGGGCCGGGCGGCGCGCGUGCGGCUGAGGGGCGGGGACGCCGUGUGCCUCGCUGCUCCGGGCCGGGCCGGGCGGCUCCUCAGACAGCGGCGCGCGGCGGGCCGGGGCGGAGGUUCCGCGGGCGGCGCUAGGCCGGGCGAAGCGGCAUGAGCCGGCCCCCGCCGACGGGGAAAAUGCCCGGCGCCCCCGAGGCCGCGCCGGGGGACGGGGCGGGCGCGGGUCGUCAGAGGAAGCUGGAGGCGCUCAUCCGAGACCCUCGCUCGCCCAUCAACGUGGAAAGCCUGCUGGAUGGCUUAAAUUCCUUGGUCCUUGAUUUGGAUUUUCCUGCUUUGAGGAAAAAUAAAAAUAUAGAUAAUUUCCUAAAUAGAUAUGAGAAAAUUGUGAAAAAAAUCAGAGGUUUACAGAUGAAAGCAGAAGACUAUGAUGUUGUAAAAGUUAUUGGAAGAGGUGCUUUUGGUGAAGUUCAGUUGGUUCGUCAUAAGGCAUCACAGAAGGUUUAUGCAAUGAAGCUUCUUAGUAAAUUUGAAAUGAUAAAAAGAUCAGAUUCUGCUUUUUUCUGGGAAGAAAGAGAUAUUAUGGCUUUUGCUAACAGUCCGUGGGUGGUUCAGCUCUUUUGUGCCUUUCAAGAUGACAGGUAUCUGUACAUGGUGAUGGAGUACAUGCCAGGUGGAGACCUUGUUAACCUGAUGAGCAAUUAUGAUGUGCCUGAGAAGUGGGCCAAGUUUUAUACUGCUGAAGUCGUGCUUGCACUGGAUGCAAUACACUCCAUGGGCUUAAUACACAGAGAUGUGAAGCCCGAUAACAUGCUAUUGGAUAAACACGGACAUCUAAAAUUAGCAGAUUUUGGCACAUGUAUGAAAAUGGAUGAAACAGGCAUGGUGCAUUGUGAUACAGCAGUUGGAACUCCAGACUACAUAUCACCUGAGGUUCUGAAAUCACAAGGAGGUGAUGGUUACUAUGGACGAGAAUGUGAUUGGUGGUCUGUAGGUGUUUUCCUUUUUGAGAUGUUAGUAGGGGACACUCCAUUUUAUGCAGAUUCACUUGUAGGAACCUACAGCAAAAUUAUGGAUCAUAAAAAUUCACUGUGUUUUCCUGAAGAUACAGAAAUUUCUAAACAUGCGAAGAAUCUCAUAUGUGCCUUCUUAACAGACAGGGAGGUACGACUUGGAAGAAAUGGGGUAGAAGAAAUCAAACAGCAUCCUUUCUUUAAGAAUGAUCAGUGGAAUUGGGAUAACAUAAGAGAGACGGCAGCUCCAGUGGUGCCUGAGCUCAGCAGUGACAUAGACAGCAGCAACUUUGAUGACAUUGAGGAUGACAAAGGCGAUGUAGAGACCUUCCCGAUUCCUAAAGCUUUUGUGGGAAAUCAGCUGCCUUUUAUAGGAUUUACCUACUUUAGAGAAAAUUUGUUACUAAGUGAUUCUCCACCUUGUAGAGAAAAUGAUGCAAUACAAACAAGGAAAAGUGAAGAAAGUCAGGAGAUUCAGAAAAAAUUAUAUGCACUAGAAGAACACCUUAGCAGUGAGGUACAAGCCAAGGAGGAACUGGAACAGAAGUGCAAGUCUAUUAAUACUCGUCUAGAGAAAACAGCAAAGGAACUAGAAGAAGAGAUUACCUUUAGGAAAAAUGUGGAAUCAACAUUAAGACAGCUAGAAAGAGAAAAGGCCCUUCUUCAGCACAAAAAUGCAGAAUAUCAACGGAAAGCUGAUCAUGAAGCUGACAAGAAACGGAAUUUGGAAAAUGAUGUUAACAGCUUAAAAGAUCAACUUGAAGAUCUGAAGAAAAGAAACCAGAGCUCUCAGAUAUCCACUGAGAAGGUCAAUCAGCUCCAGAAACAACUGGAUGAAGCUAAUGCUUUGCUAAGAACAGAGUCUGAUACUGCAGCACGGUUAAGAAAAACCCAGGCAGAAAGUUCCAAACAGAUUCAGCAGCUGGAAUCUAACAAUAGAGAUCUACAAGAUAAAAACUGCCUGCUUGAAACUGCCAAGUUAAAACUUGAGAAGGAAUUUAUCAAUCUUCAGUCAGCUCUAGAAUCUGAAAGAAGGGACCGGACCCAUGGAUCAGAGAUAAUUAAUGAUUUACAAGGUAGAAUAUCUGGGUUGGAAGAAGAUUUGAAGACUGGCAAAACCUUACUAGCAAAAGUAGAGCUGGAGAAGAGACAGCUGCAGGAGAAGCUCACUGACUUAGAGAAGGAAAAGAGCAACAUGGAAAUAGAUAUGACAUAUCAACUGAAAGUUAUACAGCAGAGUUUAGAACAAGAAGAAGCUGAACACAAGACCACAAAAGCACGACUAGCGGAUAAAAAUAAGAUCUAUGAAUCCAUUGAAGAAGCUAAAUCAGAAGCCAUGAAAGAAAUGGAGAAGAAGCUGUUGGAAGAGAGGUCUUUAAAGCAGAAAGUGGAGAACCUACUCCUGGAAGCCGAGAAGAGAUGUUCUAUAUUGGAUUGUGACCUCAAACAGUCUCAGCAGAAACUGAAUGAGCUGCUGAAGCAGAAAGAUGUGCUGAAUGAGGAUGUUAGAAAUUUGACAUUAAAAAUAGAGCAGGAAACUCAGAAGCGUUGUCUUAUGCAAAAUGACCUGAAGAUGCAGACCCAGCAAGUUAACACCCUAAAAAUGUCAGAAAAGCAAAUAAAACAAGAAAAUAAUCAUCUUAUGGAAAUGAAAAUGAACUUGGAAAAGCAAAAUGCUGAACUUCGAAAAGAGCGGCAGGAUGCAGAUGGGCAGAUGAAGGAACUGCAAGACCAACUUGAAGCAGAGCAGUAUUUCUCAACCCUCUAUAAAACACAAGUUAGAGAACUUAAAGAAGAAAAUGAAGAGAAAACUAAACUUUGUAAAGAGUUGCAGCAGAAAAAGCAGGAUUUACAGGAUGAAAGAGACUCCUUGGCUGCCCAGCUGGAGAUCACCCUCACCAAAGCAGACUCUGAGCAGCUGGCUCGCUCCAUUGCUGAGGAGCAAUACUCUGACUUGGAAAAAGAGAAGAUCAUGAAAGAGCUGGAAAUCAAAGAGAUGAUGGCUAGACACAAACAAGAGCUUACUGAAAAGGACGCUACAAUUGCAUCCCUUGAAGAAACAAAUAGAACACUAACUAGUGAUGUUGCAAAUCUUGCAAACGAGAAAGAAGAACUAAACAACAAGUUGAAAGAUACCCAAGAACAACUGUCAAAGUUGAAAGAUGAAGAGAUCAGUGCAGCGGCUAUUAAAGCACAGUUUGAGAAGCAGCUGCUGACUGAGCGAACACUCAAGACUCAAGCUGUGAAUAAGUUGGCAGAGAUCAUGAAUCGAAAAGAACCUGUCAAGCGUGGUAGUGACACAGAUGUGCGAAGAAAAGAAAAGGAAAACAGAAAAUUACAUAUGGAGCUUAAGUCUGAACGUGAAAAAUUGACACAACAGAUGAUCAAAUAUCAGAAAGAACUGAAUGAAAUGCAGGCUCAAAUAGCUGAAGAGAGCCAAAUUCGAAUAGAACUGCAGAUGACCCUGGACAGUAAAGACAGUGACAUUGAACAGCUUCGGUCGCAGCUCCAGGCCUUGCAUAUUGGUAUGGACAGUUCCAGUAUAGGCAGUGGACCAGGGGAUGCUGAGCCUGAUGACGGAUUUCCAGAAUCACGAUUAGAAGGAUGGCUGUCGUUGCCUGUGCGGAACAACACUAAAAAGUUUGGAUGGGUUAAGAAGUAUGUGAUUGUAAGCAGCAAGAAGAUUCUUUUCUAUGAUAGUGAACAAGAUAAAGAGCAGUCUAACCCUUACAUGGUGUUAGACAUAGACAAGCUAUUUCAUGUCCGACCUGUUACUCAGACAGAUGUAUACAGAGCAGAUGCUAAAGAAAUUCCAAGGAUAUUUCAGAUCCUGUAUGCCAAUGAAGGAGAAAGUAAAAAGGAACCAGAAUUUCCAGUGGAACCAGUGGGAGAAAAAUCUAAUUAUAUUUGCCACAAAGGACAUGAGUUUAUUCCUACUCUUUAUCACUUCCCAACCAACUGUGAGGCCUGUAUGAAGCCACUGUGGCACAUGUUUAAACCUCCUCCUGCUCUAGAGUGCCGUAGAUGCCACAUUAAAUGUCAUAAAGAUCACAUGGACAAAAAGGAAGAGAUCAUAGCCCCCUGCAAAGUUUAUUAUGAUAUAUCAUCGGCAAAGAAUCUGUUGUUAUUAGCAAAUUCAACGGAAGAACAGCAGAAAUGGGUUAGUCGGUUGGUGAAAAAGAUACCUAAAAAGCCUCCAGCUCCAGACCCUUUUGCCCGAUCAUCCCCUAGAACCUCAAUGAAAAUACAACAAAACCAGUCCAUUCGGCGGCCCAGUCGACAGCUUGCUCCAAACAAACCAAGAUUGCUUGAUUUGGCAUUUAAAGACUGGGAUUGGUCAUUUGAUGAUGUUGAUGGUGAUGAUGAUGAUGACGAUGUUUUUGAUUUCUGAAGAAAUAAAUGGCUAACUGCCUUCUAUGAAAGCAGUUAUUGAAGGUGAUCAUAUUCUUCCAGCCACAAGACUGAAAUAUGGUUUCUCAAAACUUAACUAAAAAGCUAUAUUUUACUGAGACACAUACAUACACCACAUGCGCGUGCGUGCAUGCUUGCACUCCCUUCCCCCCUGAAAUAAUUACAAAUCAUGGAGAGGUUUGUCUGGGCUACUUUGAAACAAGUUGAACAAACAAUGGUUGGUGAGUAAAAAAAGUGUCCUACAAUUCUCCCAGACUUGCUUCAUAAAGCUCUUGGCAGUCACACUACAUUGCACAGGAUUGAGAAGAGUUUAAAGAAAUCACAUUUCAGCUUCAACAGAGGGUUUCACCAGCAUAUUAGUCAGAAGAAUUUGGGAGUGAAUCCCACUACAGUGAUGCUGACUGCAUCUUUAAGAAGUGACCAUGAUGUUGUGUUCAUGUAUGGUAUGUAUAUACAUAUGAGUUGAGCCUCAUAUAUAUAUACACAUACACACAUACACAUAAACACAUUGUACUGUAAUACUGCAAGAUUUUUUUAACUUACCGUUUUAUUUUUUUAUACACGUUAAUCAGAUAUCAUUAUUUCAGUUGCAACUAUGCACUUGUAUAAAGCCAUGAUGUUGGAGUUUAUAUCCUUCACUCAUGUACCUGAUAAGGAGCUGCAUGUUUGUGUAAACAAUAACUGUAACAAGAAAUUUGAAGUUAAUUAUUCCAGUUUUCUAAUGCUUAAGAUAGGCAACUUUACCCAUUUUGAAUGCCUUAAUUUAAUUUUUUCUCCCUCCAAAUCUCAGCCCUUUUCUAUAUUUAACUAAAGAAAGAACAGUGUUUACCAGCUCAUAGGAUGCAGCUUGCUUUAUGGGGAAAGAAGUGCACUAUUUUACGUGUAAUACUUAUGUCAGUGUCAGACUAUUUGAUGUAUGACGGUUUUUAAUGUACUUGCUCAUAGAAACAAUAAUGGAUCAUAUUGAAACUAAUGUGUGUGAUGUACAUCUGUUAUUUUUUAAUCCCUUUUUUCGCAGACUUCAGCUAGUCUGUGACUAUGGAAUAUUUCCUGUGCUUUGAACUUGCUGGUUACCCUAGAUGUGUUUUUAUUUAUGAUAAAGACAAUUUUUUUCACAUUUUCAUUCAAGAUUCAAAAAUUGUCUCAAAUAUAAAGAAAACUAACAUGUUCUGUGUAGAUAUAUUUUAAAUAUUUAAAUGUGAUUUUAAAGCAAACACCUGUGUAUAGCAGUAUUUCAGCUUUGAUAUCUGGAAAGAAGCAGCCUCAGAAGUACUUAAUUUGAUUUUCACUGUUAAAUGCUGCUGAGGCUAGAGAACAGGUGGAACCUACCCUGCCAUGCUGCUGGCCCAGGUAAGUGUGCUUGACUCCACAGCAGAGUGCAGCAGUGGGCAGCAUCAGGCUCUGUACAUACGCAGUGUUCAAUGUGAUAUUGACAUGUUUGCCUGAUAUUAGUGAAGCCAGUAGACAUUUUUGAUUGUUUUCUUCUGGGGUCACUGUAGAGAUGCUGUAAAAAGUUCGAUCCUCCUUAUAGAUGCUAUUGUAGACAUAGUGGCUGUUGCCCACUGAUAUACUAAAUCCAAUUCUGUGAUCUUCAGAUGGCACAGUUUGCAUCUCUCAUGCUGUCUGAUUACAUGUGCAUGCCAUUUCCCUGGAGGCAGCUGAACUCUGGUUUGGAACACAACUUGCUUCCUCCCUUCCCCUCCCUCCUUCCUUCCUUCAGGUUUAAAAAUGAAAAUAUAUAAAAUUUAUAUAGAAGAACUAUUUCCAUUCAUUAGAGUUGUUUAAAAGGAGACUGAAUUAAUAUUUUAUAUAAAGAUUUUGUUACUAUGGGAGGUUCUAUCCUAUUCUGAGUUGGAGAGUAUAUAUAUAUAUUUUUAAUAAACUUUAUUAAGGUGACAUAAUGUCAAGUUUACACAUGAAUAAUUGAAGUAUUUGAGUAAAAAAGGCAAAAGUUUUAAUUUUGGAUGCUGUUCGUGUAUAUAUGUAUAAGAGUUUGGAGAAUCAUGGUGUGAUACGACUGUACAAGGCAAUUAAUGUGAAGGAUUCAGGGGAAUAAAACAUUCUGAGGGGUGAAAAAAAUCUCUCCAUGGAGCGUCUUCAUAUAUGGUUUAAUAGGGAUUUAUAAGGUCAUUUGUCCAGCUGUCAGAAUUCCAAGUAAAAACCACAUGACCAUAGAGAAGCAUUUGCUUUCCUGCUCUCAUUUGCAUGCACGUCGGUGCAUGUACCUGCCAUUUUUUCCCCAACCCAACAAUCAUUACAAGAGCAACCUAAUUUUGCCAGUUCCAUUUUUCUUGAGGCCUCCAAUCCUUCAAGAUAAAUGCGUACCAGCACAAAUACUGCUUCCUUUGUUUAGUCCCCCAGAGCUGUAAAUACUUGCACUUGGGACCUAAAAGACAGGGGAUGCUGGGUUUCCUUGGUUGGAUGCUAUUCUUUUGCUUUGUGAAAUAAAAAAGACAGAAGGAAAAGAAACUUAAGUACCAGUAUUACUGUUGAAAAUUAAUGGAAAAUAAAUUUUAAGCAUUAAUUUUCAAUAACAUCUAAAAGCAAGAUUUAAAAAAAAAAAUCUGUGAUCCCAAGGGAAGGCUGCUCUUUGUGGCCAGCCUUUGAGAGGCCAUGGCCCUAGAGGGGCUUCCCUUAGUUCAUGUGUAGAUCCUAGUAAGACAUGCUCGAGGCUGCCAAACCAACUGAAAAGGUCAUACUGCUGCUAUCAGGCUGGUGGAUUGCAGGGUGAAGUAAGAGACUCAGACUCUAGUUAACCUUGUAGAGAUGCUUUAAGCAGCAUGUUGACCCCAGGGAAAGCAAGUAGCUUCCGAGCUUCUCAGGCCCUUGACUGCUACUGAUUCUCUUUUUCUGUCUGAAGAUGACUUCAGCUCCCCUGGCUCGUGGAGGUGCCACAGCCAAUAUUAAAGCACUUUGACAAGCACUGUGUGACAGUGCUGAGUGUUGUUCCCCGGGACCUCGCCUUGUUCCCUUCCCUGUGGUGACUUUUGUUUGAAACUGUAAUAAGUUAUAAACUGCAUGAUUUAGAGAGUCAUCUUGAACCAGCUCCUUUCCCCAACACAAAAAUCAUCCCCUCUUAUUUUUUAUUUUGUUGCAUCUUUGUAGUAAUGUAAUUGUAUUUUUAUGCCUGCUUUUUGUUUAAAAAAUAAAUAAAAGAAACUAAGAUGUAA